AUUAAAUGGAAGGCACAGGCCGAGAUAUAGAUUCUGUGAUAAAAUUGUUGCGUCGACACCGAGAUCUCGAGUGUCAAAAUUACAAAGAUUACGAUAGUCGAGUGCAAGCAGAAGAAACUGUCAGGCUGACAGAGCUAGGCAAUUUGCAUGAUAAACAAGCUCAAAUCAAGGAAAAUAUUACCAAGAACUUAAGAAGUCUUAUCAUGCAGAAGCAUGGUUUACAAAAAGUUGUUCGAAGUUUGGAACAAGACAUCCCUAAAUUACCUGUGACGCACAAAUAUCAAUGGGAUGCCAUAAACUUUGUAUCGGAUUCCAUCAAAUUUGUAAACAGCUUUCCAGAGAUGAAUAAGUCUGUUGCUCCUGAGAACAACAUUGACACAUUGAAAUUGUGCCAGGAAAUAAAUGCACAUGGGGAAUGUGCCAACCAAGCUUUAAACAAAUCAGUGACUUGUGUUGAUCAAGUGGCAAUUUUCAAAGAGAACACAGAAGUAAUCAGGAGUCAUAUCUUACUUUCAUGUGAUGAUGAUCCUGCUAUGAAUGGAGGAUCACAGUAGAACUGCAGUAAGCUAACUGGUCAAAUUCAAUGAACCUUCUGUACUCUUAUAAAUGACUGUUAAUCUUAAGCUAACACUUUAAUAAAAUACUAUUUUAAAGA